AUGCCGGUCACACCUGGUUAUUGGGGUGUGAUACGUCCCCCUUCCUUUACCGUCUUCGACCCCCGACCCCAGAUCCCCUUUGUCCUCCCUCCCCCACCUCCUUCGGCCCUUCACUCCCCACCUCUUUUGGCCCCCUACCGUCGGGGCCCCCAUUCCUUACCCCAUUUGGCCCCUUACCAUCGGCCACCCUACCCCUUCCUCAUUUUUGCCCACCCCCUUCGGCCCCCCACCAUCGGCUCCCCCACCCCUUCCCCAGUCUCGCCCCACCCCCUUCAUCCCCCUUCCCCUACCCUCACCCCCUUCUGUCACUCCUCCUCCUCAGUGUUGCUCCUCUAUUACUCCAGUGAACGAUUAGAAAAUCAUAAUGGUAAGUGUCAAUAUGUGAAAGUUGAUAAUAAUCUUGAUGAUGAAGUGGAUAUAGAUAAAGAUCAGUUAGAAGAUAUGAUCCGUAAUGUUAGGGAAGAGGCCUUUGAACAACCUUCGGGAAUUAACCCUAGCGCUGAAUCCCCAGAAGUGUUGAUGAAUGCACCACUACCUGAAGCUCUCCCUCAUUCUUGUGACUCAUUAGAUCAAGAAAUCAAUGCCUCAAUUGAUUUUGUGAAUGAGGGGGAUCUUGGAGAUAUGCAAGAUUAG